AUGGAUGACGAAACCAAGCAAAUAAUAGCUUUCUUAAGGAGUCAAGAAAGAGGAGUUAAAAGAUCAGUUGAUAAGGUUCCUAUGCCUAAAAGUUACGUAAAAGAAAUGAAUUAUGUCCAAAAUGAGCUCUCAAAACCAACUCAACCAGAUAAUUUUCACAUCGACCAUGAAUGGGCAUUUCAUUUUGUAACAUGGUUUGCAAAUUUACGACACCAUUUCGAAACAACAUACAAUGAACCUGAAAAAUUCAUUGAUUAUGAAAAUGCUAUUAAAAACAUACGACAAAAUAUGCAACCAACGCCAUAUAGCGUUAGUAAAUCGACUUCAUCGAUGAUAUUAACAUAUUUUCAGAAACGAAAUACUAAUUUCACUGAAAAUGAAUUAAUUUGGGUGUUCAAUUGCUUUAUUUUCAUAGAUCAAUUACUUUCACCUGAUAUAUGCGUUGUGAUGCAAAACAUUCAGACAUUAAUAUACAAGCAAAUGCAAGAAUUAGAAAAUAAUGAUAAAUUAUUUUCACAAUUAGCAAUAAUUUCGAUAAUAAUAACGAACUAUUUCAAGCAAUAG